UCAUUAAUGCACACUGCAGCAGGACACAUAGCAUAGAGCAGCUAAUAUAUUCUGAGAGAGUUAAUUAGAGUGAGUAAGCCACAGUAUCUGGGUACAUCUUUCUUUUUAGCAUGUCAAGAUCAAGUCCCUUCCGUGUUGCUUCCAAAAUCCUAACUGCGGGAUGCCUGUGUUUGCCACUAUUCCAGCGCGUGCGCUCAGAUCUAUCCUGUGAAGAAAAUGAAAUGUGUGUAAAUUAUGAUGAGCGAUAUCCUGAUGGCUGGUAUAUCUGGUUCUUCUUGCUGAUUUUCUUAGUGGUUCUCCUUUGUGGAGUAGUGCUUUUCUGUCUUCAGUGCUGGCUGAAAAGGUGCGGAAUCAAUCCUCCCAGACGCACCAUGGCUGUUUUUGCUGUUGGAGACUUGGAUCCUGUUUAUGGUGCAGAAAUGGCUGGACGUCCAACAUCUGGAAUCUGCCAUCCUACUCAAAACACUGAACUGUGCUCUGCUCCCUGUUUUGGUGUGUUAGGCCCUCCACCGCCAUAUGAAGAAAUUCUAAAAGCAAACUGAUUUUAUCCAGAUGCAGCAGCGAUAUUUGUAUAUACAGUGAAUUUUAGGCACAAUUCUUUGGCUUAGUUGAAAUUCCUGGAGACCUGCUGUAGAAACAAGCAGACAAAAGAGUGGAGGGGAUGGCAGGAAGAAAUACUGGCCCUAGUGAUGUUUUAGUGAGCGAGCAGUCUCUGGAGCAUUGUUUUGUUACACUCUUAGACUAGAUAACAUUGGCAUUUUAGUUCUUAAAGAGGCAGAAAUAGGUGCAAACACUUGCAUUAGUUUGACCUCCCACUGUCUUCCACAUGAUAUUAUUUGAUGCCCUGAUAUCUCCAUCUUCAUCCAGCCUCUAUUAGAGAGUCAGUGUAAAAUAAAUAAUUUAACAGUGGCUUACACAUAGAUUUGGGGAUGGCUAGAGGGAGAAUAUUUGAGUUGAAUUUGAAAUGAAAGAAGAGGAAGGAAAUCCUAUUUGAAAUUGAUGGAGGAAAAUAAAUGAAAAGGAAGAGGAAAGAUCACAAGACUCAAUACAAGAACUUUCAUUUUCCACUGGAGCAGAGAGAAAGUGCACCAGGAAGCAGAAGAUGCCAAAGAUAUAAACUGUAGGUAAUGAUGCUGUGUGGAGGAGAGUGGGGGAAGGUUCUCAUUGUCCUUGCGGAAUGUGAGCUAUAGAGCCUAGUCUUUCCUGGGUUCCUCAGGAUUUGCAUUUAUUGCAACAACAUAAGAAGAAAUUCUGUUUUAGAUGCUCCUUGCCUAAGGCAAGGACAUUUAAUUGAGGCUGGAUUACAGGUUCAGUGGUUCAAACCAUUAUCAUCAAGUCAGGAACGUAGAAUGACCAGGCAGGCAUGGUACAAGACCUAAGAGUUCUACAUCUUCAUCUGAAGGCUACUUUCAGAAUUGGCUUCCAGGCAGCUAGGAAGCCCACACCUACAGUGACACACCUAAUCCAACAAGACCACACCUACUUCAACAGGGCCACAACUUCUAUUAGUGCCACUCCUUGGUCUGAGCACAGAUAAACCAUAACAGAUGCCUUUUUUCAGGUUGAAGUCUCUAACAGAAGUAGCAGUGAGAGAUUUCUAAGCAUCCCUUGGCAGGGGAAAGAAGAAAAAUUCCAUGCCAGAUUUCACACUAGGUAGUGAGUUUGCUUCAUAAAAUCAUUUACAAAUUCACUUGAUUGUUAAUUAAACUUAACUAAAUCUAACUCCAGUCUUUUCUCAAUUACCUUACUGAAGAGUUUCCAAACUUCCUACCGCUCAGUCAAGGACUUGUGCCUUCUGUUUGUAUUACUUCCUAUAAAUAUGUCAUCUGAAAAGGUUUUUGUUCCUACUUUCAGAAUUUCCAGACUCUGAAUGUUUCCUAUUAGCACAUCGCUGGUAUAACACACUACUGUCCGUCCUUGCUAGAGUCCAAUGAUAGAUCUAAACUGGUCUACUAGGCCUCCGUUAGUUCUCAAGUAUUCUAUUGGCAACAAUAUUAACAAUUCAAAGAUUUAGAAACACAUUCCAUAUUCCCACACAUGUACAGGGUCUCAUUGCAUAACCCACUUCACCUGAGGUUGUAAUCUUCAUCUGAUGAGCCUACAGAGAUACAUCAUCACCCCUCGAUGCUCUGUUGUACAUUCUGUGGGUUUGAUGGAUUUGUUCUGGAAUCAAGCAGUAAGAUCGGGAGGUCAUACAGACUCACUGCCAUGAGAAUCUUCGUUCUCUUUACCCAGGUUCCUUCCUCGAUUCUAGUUCCUGGUGACCAGUGAUCUUUUUAAUAUGUCCUGUUUUGCUUUUUCAAUGGAGCAUUCAUUUUAACUCACACCGUUGUAGGCUUUUAAGCUUACCUCUAUGGAAUU